AUGUCGGACACUAGUUCUAGUUCUUUAGAAGGAAUUGUCGAAUUCUUGAGCUCUGAUAACGACUUGAAAGUCGGACCAGCUAUCUUGGCUGUGAUUGCUAUUCUAGGUGGGAUGAUCGUAUGUAUGGCAGGCUAUCGUCUCUUUCGUCCAACAGUCUUUUGCUGUGGCUUUACAGUCGGUGGUCUCUUUCUAGCAGGCAUUCUUGAAACAGCAUUUGCUAGUAUGAGCUGGAUGCCUACAGCUUCAUUAAUUGGAUUUGCGAUUGGUGGUCUCAUUGGUGGAAUUAUGGUCUUAAUGCUCUAUAGUGCGAGUAUUUUUCUAGCAGGUGCAGCAGGUGGGAUCAUGCUUGCAUUUACAUUCAAUGUAUCACUAGGUGCGACAAUUUAUCCAACAAAUCCAGACGUGGUGCUUGUUAUUCUGGCCAUUCUACUCGGUAUUCUAGCUGGUAUCUUGGCACUAAAGCUUGAAAAACCCGUUCUGAUUACAACGACAGCACUUGUUGGUGCAGCUGUUUGUAUUUGGGGGAUUGGAUCUUUUGCUGGAAAGUAUACAAAUGGUGCUCAUUUACAACAAUUUCGAGUCGAGAAUGAAAAUGGCGACUGGGUGUAUCAUAUUCCAGCUGCACGAUGGGGUUAUAUAGCUGCAAUGAUUGUGCUCUUUAUAGCGGGAAUGAGUGUACAAAUCACGAAAACAGCACGUGGAUAUGAUCAUCGAGGGCAGCGAGAGAGUCAUGGUGGUAUUAUCAAGACAUCUGAUCAUGCAGCUGUUUGA